AACAUUGGGUGUACCCCAGAUACCCACUUCCUGGGUAAUGGUUUCUUCUUCCCGCAGGCUGCCUUUGCCCCAGCUGACCCCUCCGUUCAAGAGAGAGAGACUGAGAAGGCCACUGACCGACUAGGCAACGGCGCACAGAGCAUUCCUCAGGAUAGUCCUGCCCAUGGUGAAGGCGCCCAUUCUGAAGAGGAAGGCUUUGCUGUGGAUGAUGAAGAUUCUGAUGGGGAACUGAAUCCCUGGGAGCUGUCAGAAGGGUUGUCUGGCCACCCACCCAAGGAACAGGCUGCUGAUCUUUUUAACGAGGACUGGGACUUGGAGCUGAAAGCAGAUCAGGGGAAUCCAUAUGAUGCUGACGACAUCCAGGGUUGCCUUUCUCAAGAGGUCAGACCUUGGGUGUGCUGUGCCCCGCAAGGAGACAUGAUCUAUGACCCCAGCUGGCACCAUCCACCGCCGCUGAUGCCCCAUUAUUCCAAGAUGGUCUUUGAAACGGGACAGUUUGACGAUGCAGAAGACUGAGGGUGCAGCUUUUGCCUGAUGGGUGGGUGGGGCACCCUCCAGAUCAAGGUCUCCUUUCUUUGAGGUGAGAUGUCACAUCUGAGGAAACAUUCCCUGAUCCCCGAGUCGGGCACACAGCCUGGUCUUGAGUAAGGUCCGCCGUCCCCCGCCUCCCUUGCCGUUGUUUUUAGUGAGCUCCUCCUGGAGUGUGUGAAUGUCUGUGUCUGUGUCAAGAGGAGGAGCCGUGUUCUUUAUAAAUAAAAGUAGAAAAAAAAAUCA